UGGCUUCCUAUCCCCACGUGCUUCUUCUGAGAGGGAAAUGACACGUGGUCGGGACCUCACAGUUGCGCGCUCAGGAUGCGCUACAGAAAGAAACAGAAAGGAUAUAACAGAGAUGGAAUUAUUGGGUUUUCUUUUUCUUCUCAGAAACGACACGUGUAUCUGCAACAGAGACAAUUGUUUGGGAAACCAUUUUUAGUUCGUUUCGGUGUUCCUCUGGAGUUCAAGGUGUUUCUUCCUCAGCUUCGCUUUGCUUUUCCAGGCCAACAUCGCGUUCGUCGCAACUCGAAGAUACAAUUUUCUGUAUCUUAAUCAUGUCGUGCAAAACGAUUCUUGAGUUGUUGGAUACUUUAAAACCCUGGAACAAAUGUUCGGGUUUCGUGGAUGACGAAUAUUUGUCGCAUGACGAAGGCGCUUCAGCAAUUAAUAUUCUAGAAUGUUUGAAGACGAAGUGCGACAACAUUAUAAAACCGGAGAACGACACCCGGUCAUACAGAAGAAUAAAGCUGAUCAACGACAUCCAAGUGCUUUUAAUAAGCGAUCCAAAGGCCUCAGUAAGCGCCGCUGCGCUGGACGUUGGUGUGGGUUACAUGAACGAUCCGAUACAUCUGCAAGGAACCGCGCACAUUGUUCAACACAUGCUUUACUCGCAAUGUGACAAGAAAUCCAUGUCGUAUAAGUUUUUCAACGAAAUAGACCAUCGCAAUGGAUUCGUCAACGCCCAAACUACGGAAAACAAUACCACUUAUUACUUCGCAAUAAAUUCGGAAUUUUUUGUAAAAGCUUUGAGACACUUUAGCGGACUGUUCCAAUUUCCCGCUUUUUGUGAAUUGCCUGCGAAACAUCCGAUGAUGUACUAUUUGUUUGAAGAAGAUAUCGAACAGAUUGCGUAUGAAUAUGACGAGAGGAAUACCGUACCCGUAGACAAGUAUUGGAAUCAGGAGAUAACGACAACAAUUAAAUGCACAAUAGAUGAGAAUCACGAGUUUACGAAGAACGUCUGCGGCGGAUUUAAAUAUUUGUGGAAUCUUGAUUAUGAUGACUUCUUAGUAACUGUGAGAAAUUUUUUUACAGAAUAUUACAGCUCUCAUAUAAUGACACUGUGCGUUUAUGGAAGAGAAAACUUGGACCAACUUGAAGAACACGUGAAAGUGCUCUUCUCACAAAUAAGAAACAUACAAGAUCCUCGUCUAACUUGGAUCAUGCCCAAAUUUACAUCUGUGUACAAAAUAUGGUGUUCCGUACCCGAGAACGCACCUUCUAAGCUUAAUUAUGUCAUCCGUAUAGUGUUCCCUUUGUGCGGUGAAUUGACAAGUAUCAGAAAUAAUCCGUUGACACGAUUUCUCUCCUAUUUGUUCGAAUAUGAGGCCAGGGGAUCGUUUGUGACAAAUUUGCGCCACAAGUCUUGGGCCAAGUCCGUGGAAGCCGGAGAACUGGUUUGUCCAAGAGGCUUCAGUUUCUUCAUUGUUGCUCUCGAGUUAACGGAGAGCGGUUACAAGAACUAUUUUGAUAACGUUAUGAUGCUGUUCAUACAGUAUGUCCAAGUGUUGAACAAACUUAGCGAUUCCGAACUAAGACGGAUAUAUAAUGAGUACAAAGAAAUAAUGGAACUCAAAUUCCGUUAUCAAAAAAUAGAACCUUCUCUUGAGACUGUGUGUAAUCACGUCCGUCACAUACACCACGUGGACAUGGACCAAGUUCUGCGCUGCGGUAUCAUUUCGCAACACUGGUUGCAACACGGCAUCAAGCACACACUUCAAAAUAUUCUUCAGCCGAGCUUAAAGUUGAGAAUUUAUCUGAGUCAUCCGUCAACUUUACACAAAAACGCGGUAUUAAGUAAUAAGUACGGUCGUAUUCCGUGCAGAAUUAAAUUAGUACUUCCGGAAGAAUAUUCCACGUGGCUAAACGGACAUCCACAAGUGCAGGAACUGAAUGCACCACUCCCUAAUGAAUUUAUACCAUUGAAAGUUAAUCUAAAACCAUACAACCGUGAUGUUUUCUUCCUAACAGAAUCACACUUAAUGCACAAAAAAACCGACGUUCCCGAGAUCAUAGGGGUCACGCCAUUCGUAAAAACCUGGUACAAAAGAGAUACUAUCUGUCGCGUACCAAGAGUCACUGCAUAUUUCCAUUUUGUCUGUCCGAUAACGAACGAGAACUAUGACAACGCUAAAUUGACUUCGUGGUACGUCAAUAUUUUAAACACCUGUCUCCAAAGAUACAAAUAUCCUGCCGGUUUAGUUGAUUUGAGAUGGAAACUUUCUACAACCGUUCGAGGCAUCAUGCUCCAAAUAAACGGUUUCGAUGACACGAUACAUAUAUUGCUGAAGAAGAUUGUCACAUAUAUCAUGAUGACGCCGGGAGAAGUAAAUUUCACAUUAUUUCUCGAAUCGUUAGCGCAACACAAAUCAGGACAAUGCAAAGUGAACAUACGCGAUUUCGACAAUCUUCAGCCGUAUGAACAAGUAUUCCACUACCUUCCGUAUUUAUUAACCGAACGCGUGUGGACGCCGCAUCAAAUAUGGAAAAGCGAAAUAAAACCGCUGUGGAAAGAAUUUCGCGAAAAUUUCUUACUGGGAUUUACCGAGUCUCUUCACGUGGAAUGUCUAUUUCACGGUAAUAUAACCGCAAGCGAAGCCUUGAAAAUGUCUUCCAUGGUCGAAAACAUCAUCAAGAACAGGUCAAAGUUUACGAAAAUCAAUCCGAUACCGGAUGAGAAGCUUGGAUUAUUAUAUCGCGAAGUUAAGCUAAAAAAAUGGUACCAGUGCAUGUUGUAUAGAAAGUGUCCCAAUCCCAUGUACUCGUGCAUGCUAGUAUUUUAUCAGAUUGAUCACCGAUCGACAGAGUCGGAUGUACUUUUGGACCUUGUGCUAGAAGCACUUCUGAAAACAGCUAAACAGGCUACAGAUAUUGGUAUAGUUUGUGGCCGACACAGAGGAAACGUAAUGCAAGGCUUGACAAUUGCAUUUCAAGGCCCGACUAACGAAUUUCGCCCAAUUUGUAUGAACAAAGAUAUUAAUAAAUUCAUGAUGUAUACAAUAAAUAAGAUGAAAAAGAUAACUAUUUCGGAAUUUAAAGAACUAAAAACACAAGUGAUUAAAAAACAUAAAAGACCAGAAACGUUGUACAAGAUGUCCGAAAUGUACUGGAACGAGAUUUUGAGUCAACAAUACAAAUUUGACAGAAUAGAUACCGAGCUAAACUAUUUGAAGACGGUAACGAUAACGAAGUUCUUGCAAUUCUUUCAGAGUUAUAUAACGGAAAAAACUCCCAAAUUGUCAAUUUGUGUAAUACCGAAAGAUUUAGAGUUGACUUGUUCAUGUUGUUCUUCGUUGUCUUAUACAAUCACGAAUUUCGACGAUGUUGCGUCGUAUAUGAACUAUCAAACUUUCUUCUAGUUCUUUUGAACAACUGUAAGAAUGAUAAUAUGCAAAAACCAUUUUAACAGUUGACUGAUGAAAAUUUCAAAUUACAUCACAAUUUUGAAUAGUAUCAUUCUAUAUUAUAAUUUGAAUUAACUGAAAAACAAAAUUAAAAAUUCAUGGUAUUAC